CUUUAAGCUACCGUCCGAUAGUGACUAAGCAAAGUCCUGUUGAUAUCGUCACAGUGUGCUAUAGGUGUACACAUGACAUAAUGAAAUGUCACAUGACAGCAUGUGUGGAGGUUAGUAGAUAGAAGAAAAUGCAAUCAAAAGUGAGGUGCUAGCAUAGUCUUGGUUUAUUCAAAGUGUAGCCCAACAGGAAUGUAAGAAAUAGUGUAGAAUCCAUACAUAAGGUAGUAGGAAAAUACUACUUGAGCACCAUAGCUAUGAGGCGUUGAGGUAUGCUAGGGUAGUUGGUUUUCCUGUAUUACAAAAUUAGCUUUCACCAUAAAAAAUAUGCAUAAUGCUGGUCUUCACAGUGUGUGUUUAUCAAACAGGUAUUCUCCCAUGGGACCGUGGGUCUCGGACGCAGUGAUGCGGGUCAGGCUGCCGAUGUAGUCUCCCAGCUUCUUGAUGGUGUCGUGGCUGUCGUUGAGGAAGUGUUGCUCAAGGAAGUCGCAAAGCUACGAUAAAGAAAUAACGCCAUUAACUGCACCAAUGUGACCUGGCAUGUCACUACAUCAUCCAUCCAAGGAGCCACCGAGGGCUUAUUCACAAGUGCCACUGCUUCUAAUGGCUCUCACACUCAUGCAAGCCAAGCGGAAGGCCAAAAUGUGUUUUUUUCAAGACUAUAUCCAGGCGCGACAUACAACGUGUCGCUCCAGUAUGAAAGAAAUUCCACUCACUUUCUGCAGUGUCAGCACAGACUGACAACCAUUCCGCCAGAUUUAAUGGCUUACUGCAACAACUGGGAUUCUGGCUAUUCUAUCUUGAUUGUAUGGGAUAAGCCAGAUGGUUUGUGGACUGCCGUGGAGGUGAACAUAAGUGGAAAAACCUACAUAGUGGAUGAUAUCGAACAACGCCAUAUCAGGAUACCGGGAUUCCAACCUGCAAGAACAUACGGGGUGUCUCUAUCGUCACUAUCUGGGAGCGUGAUGAGAUCCAAAGCGUACAUUUUUCACUGUUCCACUGAUCCUCGUGGCGUCAUUGCAGCAUCAGUCAUCUCUAUCCUGCUUUUUGCUGUCCUGGUGUGUUUGACAAUAUUUAUUGUCAGGAAAAGAUCAAAUAGCAUCAUCAGGAGGAACAAGUCUUUCCUUGGUGGUGUCGCUGUUUCACCUGACAAAUUCACAGAUAUUCCUCUUGAAAAGUUCCCUGCACACUUCUCCGAUUUAAGUAUGGAUAAGAACAGAGGUUUCAGUGAGGAAUACGAGCGUCUUGCUCUCGUUGGCAUGGAUCAGACACAAAAUGUUGCUUUGAUACCUGACAACUCUGCAAAGAAUCGCUUCACGAACAUCCUGCCAUAUGACUGGUGCAGAGUGAAGCUACAAACCACAAAUGGCAUGUCAGACUACAUCAAUGCCUCUUACAUGCCAGGUUACAGCAGUACCCGAGAGUACAUCGCCACUCAGGGGCCUCUGCCUUCCACAGUCAGUGAUUUCUGGAGAAUGAUCUGGGAGCAGAGAGUGAGCGCCAUCGUCAUGGUGACCAACUGCGUCGAAGGAAUACGGACUAAAUGUGAACAUUACUGGCCUGAACAAGGCAGGAGUUGCCUUCAAGGAGAGCUGACCAUCACCAUUGCAUCUGAACAACAAGAGCCCAACUGGACAUUAAGGGAAUUCCAUGUGAAACAUAGGAACGACUCAACAGAGAGGAUGGUGAAACAUUUCCACUUUACUGCCUGGCCUGAUCACGGUGUCCCUCAGAGUACGGAUGUCCUAAUCCAGUUCAGAGGGCUUAUUAGGCAGCACAUUGAUAUACAAGGGACCAAGGCUCCCACUGUAGUUCACUGCAGGUAUGAUACUUCAAAUGAUGAUAAUCGUAUAGGACAAUUGAUGAUCAUGUUUUUGUCUUCUAGUGCUGGAGUGGGAAGGACCGGCACCAUUAUAGCCUUAGAUGUUCUGCUUCAACAGCUGCGCAGAGACAAAAAAGUCGGCAUCAACGCGUUUGUGCACAAAAUGAGACUGCGGCGGCCACACAUGGUGCAGACGGAGUCCCAGUAUGUUUUCCUGCACCAGUCCAUCUUGGACUAUCUGAAAUCUCGAGGUGAGACUGAUGAAAACAUAUACGAGAACUUUGACGUGAUAUACGUGAAUGCCACAGCGAUGAGAGAGUUCGACAAAACGACAGUCUGAAUCGGAAUACUGUAGCUACAGUGGUGUGAAAAAGUGUUUGCAGCAACAACUGCAAUCAAGCGUUGGUUGACAUUAGGUACACCUGCACAAUCCACAAUAACAAUUGUAUUCCUUUCCAGAGAUAAAAAAAAAGUAUUUGUAAUAUUUGGAUUGCUUUAUUUAACUACCUGAAAGUCACACUUCAAAACACUUAGUGUGAUACAGCGCAGUUCUACAUGACUACAAAUAUGAUUAAAAGUCCCUUAUUUAAAAUGUCCAUUGGGGACAGCUUUGUGUAGAAAAAGAAAUCAGGCUUCACUGCACAUCUUAAAAUAAAACCUGGAGCUCUGCCACCUACUGUAUGUCAGCUACAGACGUGGGAGCUGUACUUUGAAUACAUUUAUUUCACUUCAGUAAAGCAUAAUGUUGGUAAUGUUUGUGUCCACACACCUUCAUGUUAUGUUGUUGUAUGUGACAUGUGAUAUCUGAUACGUUGGAGAAGUGGAAUUAGUGGAAUUAGUGUACAUGUAAAAAGUGGAUGGAGCGCACAAUAGAAUGUGGGAGCUCUGCUUAUUUAUUUAAAGUUGUGUAACCCUCCUUUUGUGUUGGGGUCGGCACUGACCCGUUUUACAUUUUAAUGCAUAAAAAGAAUCACAUAACAUUUGUUUAUUGCAUCAAGGCUUUUUGACUUUGUCAGGAAACCAAAAAAAUAUUUUUUACUACAUUUUAAAAUGGUCUGGUUGAAAUUAUGACCACUGUAUUGUUAGGGUCGGUUUCGACCCGGUUAUAAUAAUAUGACUAUAAAGCAAUAUUUUGAGGCAAAACUGAAAUCCUAAGUGUACAAUUAGCCAACACAAUGACAACCAGCUCCUCUUCUCAUCAUGGAAGCUUCAGGGGAUUCUCAUUUUCACCGCUUUUCCAGUAUACCAGCAGAAAAACAAUGUCCAGUUUACAUGUGAGGUGAAUUCACUCAUUUGAUUGGCUGAUUUCACAUUUACAAUUUGGAUCAUGGAAAGAAUGGCAAGAAGUACAGUGAACCAAGAUCUGGACCUGUUCUGCUUUUUCAUUUCACUUUAUACUAAAGUUCUGUUGCUGAAAACAACAACUUUUUCUACCUUUUCUUGACAUUAAUAUAUAUGGGUCAAAAUUCACCCCAACACCAUACAUGUUUCUUUACUGAUUAAUACUAAAAUGAGAAAAUAAAUCAAACUAAUUGAUUUAAGAGAUAUGUUCUCAAGAACCUUCAAUUUAUGAAUAUGAUUCUUUUGAGGUUCAUUUUACCAUUUUUGGAAAUUGAAAUGGAGGGGUAUAGUGACAAAAAAAGGCCUACAUGCCCACACCAAAAGUAUUAAAACCAACAUUUUCAUGGAUGAGGAAGCCUAAGAAGGUAACCAAGACAUGAGAAGCAAAUUUGAUGGUAACUUAUUGUUUUUAGUGUAUUUUAUAGCUGAUUUAAUACAUGGGUCAAAACCGAACCAUUAACAUAAGAGAUGAUACCAGAAAGCUAACACAAGAGGAAGGUUAAAUAUGAAUACAGGGAUGAAUUUGUGCUACAACUCUCGGAAUGGAUCUCAUUAGAUUGUUGGUGUACCUAAUGGAAUGUCUGUCGAGUGUGCCCUUUUGGUGUCAUGAUGGUGUAGGAACUUCCAUCUUCCUGUGUGAAAAUCAAAAUCAAAACAUCUGACACCAUCAUUCUGGCUCCUCUUGAUGCGGCGGAGUAUUGAAGCUAGAAUCGAUGAGUUCCUGUCGAGCCCUCAAGCCGUCAGAGCUAAGCGCCGCCGCCAAUCCCGGGCAAGGAUUGCUUGGCUGUCGGUCUUCAAAUUUGUCAUCCCCGAUCGGCAGGGGCACAGAGAACUUCUUGGCGAUGUUGUGCAAGACACAGCAAGCCUUGACCACGUUGGUUAACUUGUCUAGCGCAAAGCUGAGCUGAGUCAAGCAUCUGAAACGCCACUUCAGGGAGCGCAGUUUUGUCUGCGUCACAUUGUGAAUCUUGGCAUGGGCUUCGUUGAAGCGGAACUGAGCGUCACCUUCGGGGUCGGACACGGGAGUCAGGAGUCGUUUGCUUAAGUUGUAGCCUUCACCUCCUUUAAGAGA